AUGAGUGGAGCUGGGAAAGUGGUGUGUGUGACCGGAGCUUCGGGUUACAUAGCUUCAUGGCUGGUGAAGCUGCUUCUAGACCGCGGUUAUACUGUCAAAGCUUCUGUUCGUGAUCUUAAUGAUCCAAAUAAGACAGAAUUCUUGAUGGCACUUGAUGGAGCCAAGGAAAGACUUCACUUGUUUCAGGCAGACUUACUAGAAAAUGGAUCCUUCAGUGCUCUAGUUGAUGGCUGUGAAGGCGUAUUUCACACAGCAUCUCCUGUUCUGCUUUCUGUCAGCAACCCUGAGGCAGAGCUAUUGGACCCUGCAGUAAAGGGAACACUAAAUGUGCUGCGCUCUUGUGCAAGAGUUUCAUGUAUCAAAAGAGUAGUAUUAACAUCUUCUAUGGCUGCCGUUGCAAACAACCCAGAAUUAAAGGAUGGUGUGGUAGUUGAUGAGAGUUGGUUUUCAGACCCGUCAUACUGUGAAGAGCACAAGAUGUGGUAUGUACUUUCAAAAAUUUUGGCAGAGAAUGCUGCAUGGCAAUUCACAAAAGAGCAUGGAAUUGACAUGAUUGUGAUUAAUCCAGGAAUGGUUAUUGGUCCUAUCCUGCAGCCUUUUGCCAGUCAAAGUGUAGGAAUAAUCCUGAACCUAGUAAAUGGAGCUGAUUCGAUCAAGGGUGCACCUUUUGGAUGGGUUGAUGUUAGAGAUGUAGCCUAUGCACACAUUAUAGCCUUUGAAAUACCUUCUGCCAGAGGAAGAUAUUGUAUAAUUGAGAGAUCUGCUCACAUCUCUCAGCUCAUCAAACUUCUGCGAGAACUUUACCCUACUUUCCACUUACCAGAUAUGUGUUCUACCAGUGGCAAUUCCCUACACCCAGACUAUGGAGUAUCAAACAAGAAAGUUAAAAGCUUGGGAAUGGAAUUGAUUCCAUUGGAUGUCAGCCUAAAGGAUACCAUUGAAAGCUUCAAGGAGAAGAAUUUAGUUAGUCCUUAAAUAAUAGAAAUGAUUUUUUGUGAAUCAACUACUGAAUAGAAAAUUGUUACAUGUUCUCAAAACUUUCCUGCUUUAAACCCUCCACAUGCUUA